AACAAUUUAUCACCAAAUAAGCAAACCGAAAUUGCAAUUACUAAAGUCACCAUGAGAUUUUUCUCCAUUUUUGCCAUGUCCAUUUUGGCAGUGGCUUUUGUGUCAGCUGAAAAGGAGGGAGAUGAUCCAGUAGUUGUUCGUUAUUUUGCAGCAGCGGGCAGUGCAGAACCAUCACUAAAAUGUGAUGCGGUAAGCUGUAACAGCGACUGUGUAAACAACUGGGGCUGGGCUGGAGGAUUCUGCUUCAUGGGCGACUGCUGGUGCUACAUAUAGAAGUUUUAGGCUCAUCAAAUUCGUGUACUUACAGUUUAUC